AUGGCCGAAGCAUACGAGGCGCUGGUCAGCUCAAACGGAACCAUGAACGAAGAACCGCAGGGCAUGUUUGCCGGCAAUGAUGACUUUGAGGACCUAGACGACAACUUUCUCGACAUGUACACCAUGAACCCUAGGCAACGCUUGCUGCAUCAGAUUCGCAGAAUCCGCAACAGGGCUAUCGAGCACUACCACAGGCUUCCAGCUUGGAAGAAGGCAAUCUUGGCGCUCGCAGCGGUGGCACAGCUGGUACUAGUGGUUCUAGUCGUUGUUUACCAUAACCGUAUUUUGAAAAGCAUGGUCAACGCCUCUAACGAGUUGAAGACUAAGUGGUAUACCCCCUUCCUUUUCUGUGCCCUUGUAUUCGCUGUAUCCUUCCCCCCAUUAAUAGGGUUCUCCUUGCUCUCGGUCACAGUUGGUAUCAUAUAUGGACUAAGCCUUCACGGAUGGCUCAUUUUGUUCCUGGGAUCCGUAGGAGGGUCGGUAACCGCAUUUGUUCUGUUUAAAACAAUCCUACACUCUCAGGCAGAAAGGCUGGUCCAUGCAAAUGCGAAAUUUGAGGCCCUGGCGUCAAUUCUCCAAGACAAUGAUAGUUACAUGAUGCUAGCGCUGAUUCGUCUGUGCCCAUUCCCGUACUCAUUCACCAACGGCGCUAUCGCUGGCAUCUAUGGCGUUACCUUACGCAAUUUCUCAGUUGCAAGCAUUCUCACAUCCCCAAAGCUUUUGAUGUACCUUUUCGUGGGCUCGAGAUUGAAAAACAUGGGCGAAUCGCAGUCCACCUCGUCAUGGCUUUUUGACGUCGCAAGCAUAUUGAUAACGGGUGUAGUCUUAGCACUCACUACAUGGAUAUUAUACACCAGGGCAAGAAAAAGAUAUCAAGAACUACAAAGGUCUCAAAACUUGGACACGUCGUUUGAAAACAUCUUCUGA